AAAACAUAAACUCGAUGGAGCUAGCGCUUCAACGCAGCCUGCUCCCCAAGAACAGGCUAGCUCUCAUAGUCGACUCCCCAGAAGGUGUGCGGUUCUGCUGCAUUCAGUGUCCAGCUAAAUACGACGAUAAGGAGAAAUUGGAAGUACAUUUGUGCACGCACUUUAAAGAAUACAGAUUCUUGUGCUUUAUUUGCGGUACUGGACUGAAACGCAAAGAACACCUUGAUAGACACCUCUUAGGACAUCAGGAGAUUCGGCCGCACAUUUGCUCCGAGUGCGGCAAGGGAUUUAAACGAAAAGAGCACUUGAACAUCCACCGCGCCAUUCACAGCGGCGAUAAGAACCAAGUGUGCCCGCUUUGCCAGCGAUCUUUCUACCGCAAGGACCACCUACAAAAGCACCUGCAGACUCACAACAAACUGUUUAUAGAACAGAAUAUCUUUCCGGUCAGCGACCAGGAGCUAAGGGAGAUCAAGCAAGAAAUCUUGGACGAGGACGUGAAACCUGUGCUUACGGAGGAGCAGCAAGCUGAAGUUAUGCAGAUGGUCGAAACCGUGCAAAUAAAUCCUCCCGUAGAUAAAGAGAGACCAUUCGCGUGCCCAGUCUGCUACAAGACCUAUAAACGCAGAGACCACCUUAAAUUACAUGGUCUUACGCAUAUGAAGAAGGAUAAAAUCUGCUCCGAAUGCGGUAGAGCGUUCCAUAAAGAGGAGCAACUGCUAAGCCAUAUUAGCGUACACCUCAAGUCUUACAGCACUGCAGACGAGGAUAUGUCUAUUCACGACAUUCAAGACGAGCCCAUGGGAAUUCCGAUACUCCCAGUGGACCCUGCGAAUCUUCUAGCACCCCGACUGAAUUACAAAUCGGAGCGGCCGCACGAGUGUCCCAUCUGCCACCGCAAGUUCAAACGGAAGCAGCAUUUGAAGGUCCACGCCAACGUUCAUUUGAAAAUUCAACAGCCUAUCCUCGCACCUACAAUAUGGUGCAGCUUGUGUCAAGAAGCAGGUUUCCACAACAACUCGCAAUUCGAAAACCAUCAUUGCCUGCCCUCUGGCAGCGGCGACGUCGAAGAGGAUCAAGUACACACAAACACACCCGCCGACGCUAAGAAGGAAAACAACUACCCUGAGUUUAUUGAGGUAAUAGAUGACAACAUGACCUACAUGAACCAGCCAAUCAUAUCGCUCCUAGAAGAACAGAACAUCCCCACCCCGCAACGGGUGUACGUCUGCAAGUUCUGUUCGAAGCCGUUCAAGAGAAAAGAUCAUUACAAGAUACACCUGCAUAUACAUACUGGAAUCAAGUCUUUCUUUUGCUCUGAAUGUGGAAAAGGUUUCUACCGCAAGGACCAUUUACAAAAACACGAGCAAGUUCACCAAAAAAACAAGAAGAGUCCAGGCACAAAGUCCAAAAAAGCUUUGCCAGAUCUCUUCCCUAUCAAGAUGAUGCCCAAUACUGUGAAGAGACCUGGCCCGAGUAGCUCAAAAGAUGUGAAACCGGAAAUUACUAUAACUGCGCCCUCAAAUACAAAACUACGAGUGCCGCUGCAGAUCAAAGUGCCGUACCAAAUGGUUGUCGCGAUGGACAACGGAGAGCAGCACGCAGUCACCAUUGAACCCCAUAGUGGAAAAGCGCAGGAUGUCGAUGCGUAGCCUUCGGUCCAACAUCCCAUACAUAUAAAGGAGUUCACAAAAUCAUGAACAAAUUUCAAGAGGUAAACCUACAUAUCGAUACCUACCUGCAACAACAAAAACAUUACUUUUCAUACGAACUUGGAUCAACUGUUCUAUCGACGUGUACUUCAAUGAUUUCAAUUGUUUUUGACACCCUUAUUAAUAUAAAAAGGAGCAGAAUUAACCUCAAACGUGUUAACGCAACGCAAGAAAAAGCGUAGGUAGAGGUAUGAUUUAAAUUUCAACAUUUUGACCUCGUUUUUUCAAAAAAAGAUUUUUUGCACAUUUCAUAAUAUUAUUAUGAAUGUGUCUGCAGUGUAUAUUAAGAAUGCCAAGUACCACAUUACGUCACAUUGGGUCCAAAAGAGAAAUAAGAGUUAUGUGUUCUUACUAUGGAACCCUAAAAACAAAAUACUUGAUAAUUAGGUAAGUAAUUUUCAUAUUUGAAAUAAGUAGUACAUAUUAAAAUUGUACAUAUCUUUCAAGAAUUUAUAUAACCUCUUUUGAUCUUAAUUUUUUUUAAAUUUAGAGCUAGAGAUUUUAAAAAUUUAUAAGGUGUUGUUCUUCUUUUUUCUUCGUAGUCCUA